UUAUCAUUUUCGCAAUCAAUAGCCUUGAGGGAAUUAUUCAUUGGUUGUAUAGUUCAAAAGAGGGUACAUUGCUUACUGUGGUGCGUUUUUUGCAGCCAAUCCGUGAGUAAUGUUCAGUUUCUGUUAUCCCCUUAUUUAUACCCAUUUUUCACAUUUUCAGGUGGUUUCGACUGAAGCUAGAGCAAUGUACAAUGUUGGAUUGGCAGGACUAACAUAUUGGUCUCCAAACAUUAACAUAUUCCGAGAUCCUAGAUGGGGAAGGGGGCAAGAAACACCAGGGGAGGACCCAUUGCUUAGCAGCAAAUAUGGAUCAAGUUAUGUCAAAGGUUUACAACAAACUGAUGAUGGUGACCCUUCACUGCUUAAGGUUGCGGCGUGUUGUAAACAUUAUACAGCAUAUGAUUUGGACAACUGGAAAGGAGUUGAUCGCUACCAUUUCAAUGCUGUGGUAACCCAACAAGAUAUGGAUGAUACAUUUCAACCGCCAUUCAAAAGCUGUGUUAUUGAUGGGAAUGUAGCCAGUGUUAUGUGUUCUUACAACCAGGUAAACGGUAAGCCAACUUGCGCAGACCCUGAUCUUCUGGCAGGGGUUAUUCGAGGGCAAUGGAAAUUAAAUGGGUACAUAGUUUCAGAUUUUGACUCAGUAGACGUGUUCUACAAUAGCCAGCACUAUACCAAGACACCAGAGGAAGCUGCAGCCCUAGCAAUUUCGGCAGGGUUGGAUCUCAACUGUGGAUCAUUCCUUGGCAAACACACCGAGGCUGCAGUGAAAGCAGGACUUUUAAAUGAGUCAGCCAUUGAUAACGCUGUCACCAACAAUUUCGCUACUUUAAUGCGACUUGGCUUCUUCGAUGGUGAUCCUAGCAAGCAACUUUAUGGAAAGCUUGGCCCCAAGGACGUGUGUACUCCAGAGAAUCAAGAGUUGGCCCGUGAAGCUGCAAGACAAGGGAUUGUGUUGCUCAAGAACAGUGCAGGAUCGUUGCCUCUAUCUCCUACUGCUAUCAAAACCUUAGCAGUAAUUGGACCUAAUGCCAAUGUCACAAAAACUAUGAUUGGAAACUUUGAAGGCAUUCCAUGCAAAUAUACAACACCUUUGCAGGGUCUAACUGCUUCAGUGGCAACUACUUAUGUUUCUGGCUGCUCCAAUGUGGCUUGUGGCACUGCCCGAGUAGAUGAUGCUAAGAAAAUAGCUGCCUCAGCAGAUGCCACUGUACUUGUGAUGGGCAUAGAUCAAUCACUUGAAAGAGAGAGCUUUGACAGAGUUGACCUUCUUUUACCAGGACAGCAGCCACUUCUAAUAACAGAAGUUGCGAAGGCGGCCAGGGGACCUGUGAUUCUUGUCCUCAUGUCUGGAGGAGGCUUUGAUAUAUCAUUUGCCAAAAGCAAUGACAACAUUACAAGCAUUCUUUGGGUUGGUUACCCCGGCGAAGCUGGCGGAGCUGCCAUAGCCGACGUGAUUUUUGGGUAUUAUAAUCCAAGUGGAAGGCUGCCAAUGACAUGGUAUCCUCAAUCAUAUGUUGACAAGGUGCCAAUGACAAACAUGAACAUGAGACCGGAUCCUUCCAAUGGGUAUCCAGGCAGAACCUACAGAUUCUACACUGGGGAAACUAUUUAUACAUUUGGGGAUGGACUAAGCUACUCCAACGUCAGCCAUCAAUUAGUUAAAGCACCCAAACUAGUAUCCAUCCCCUUGGAGGAAGACCACGUUUGUCGCUUAUCUGAAUGCAAGUCAGUUGAGGCUGUUGAACAAAGUUGUAAAGAUUUAGCAUUUGACAUACAUUUGAGAGUUCAAAACAAGGGUAGAUAUAGCGGAAGCCACACAGUUUUCUUGUUUUCCUCUCCCCCAUCAGUGCACAACUCGCCUCAGAAGCAUUUGUUAGGAUUUGAGAAAGUUGUCUUGACAGAAAAGUCAGAGUCAUUGGUGAGAUUCAAGGUGGAUGUUUGCAAGGAUUUGAGUGUAGUUGAUGAGCUUGGAAGCCGAAAGAUUGCAUUGGGACAACAUUUGCUACAUGUGGGGAGCUUGAAACAUUCAUUGAAUUUGAGGGUUUGA